UGUGCAGUAAACAUGGCCUCUACCGUCAGUAACACCAGCAAGCUUGAGAAACCAGUGUCUCUUAUAUGGGGGUGUGAGCUGAACGAGCAGAACAAGACCUUUGUGUUUAAAGUGUCAGAUGACGACAAGAGCGAGCACCAGCUGGCCCUGAGAACUGUAUGUCUGGGGGACAAGGCCAAAGAUGAAUUUCAUGUGGUAGAAAUCGUUCCUCAGGUAGAAGGGAGCGAUGUACAACCUGUUCCCAUAGCCAGUCUAAAGCCAUCUAUUCUGCCUAUGGCUACAAUGAUGGGCAUUGAGUUAACUCCUCCAAUCACCUUCCGGCUCAAAGCUGGCUCCGGACCAGUAUAUAUUAGCGGCCAGCAUAUCGCAUUGGAAGAAGACUACUCAUGGGCUGAGGAAGAAGGUGAGGAGGAAAUAGAAGAGGAAGAGGAGGAGGAAGAUCCCGAAUCUCCCCCAAAAGCAGUAAAAAGGCCAGCAGCCUCCAAAAAGGGGAGCCAGGCUAAGAAGAAGAAGAUGGACAAAGAUGAGAAGGAGGAAGAAAGUUCUGAAGAAGACAGUCCAGCGAAAAAGGGCAAAGGCGCAGGACGAGGCAGGAAGCCAGCUGCUAAGAAAUGAGGUGCUGGAUGCCAUCUUGUCUAGAUGUACUUGGCUGUAUUUAAAUAUCCUGUCGCAUGAUCAACGUUUGUGGGCUAUGUCAUCCAUCAUGGCCACCGGUCCUUCCUUUCACCACGUUCCUCCUAUGAUGGCAGGCUGGAUAUCGUCUCUAUGUGAUGUAAU